ACAUAUUUUUUAACGAUAACCAAAAAAAAAAUCCGAUUAACAAACAAUAAAAUCCAAGAAAAGAAAAACCAAAAAACGGAUUUCAUCUGUCCAUAAACAGGGCAGGAGUGAUACAAGGUGGCUGACGAUUUGGCAGUAAAUUCUGUGGGCGAAAUUCGCGUUGGGCCAGCACACCAGGCACGCUUGCCCGAUUGCAAACUGGAUGUGUCGCCGCGUGAGAUGCCCGAAAAAUGCGAAUCAUUAGAAGAGCUGCGAUGGAUGCCUGGACUAGAAGAAUGCGAUCUAAAAAUGUAUUUGCGUGCGGCUAGAAGCAUGGCUGCAUUUGCCGGUAUGUGUGAUGGUGGAUCAGCUGAAGAUGGAUGUUUAGCCGCUUCAAGAGACGAUACAACUAUAAACGCUUUACAAUUGUUGCACGAAAGCAAUUACGACACCGGUAAGGCUCUACAAGCUCUUGUCAAAAGUCCAGUGCCAAAAGGCAUUGAUAAAAAGUGGACUGAAGAAGAGCAGAAACGAUUCGUAAAAGGUUUACGAUUAUACGGUAAAAAUUUUUUCAAAAUUCGCAAAGAAUUAUUAUCACAUAAAGAAACGCCCGAUUUGGUCGAAUAUUAUUAUCUUUGGAAGAAAACUCCACAAGCCGCUUCGGCACGACCACAUCGUCGUCAUCGACGCUGUGUACUUCGACGAAUUCGUACACAAAACAAUAAUAAUAAUAAUCCUAAUGUUCAAAACAAAUCAACUUCAAACAAAGACAACGAUAACGUAGCCGCUAGUUCUGCAAGUGAAGACGAAGCGGAUCAAACAGACGACUCAGAUUCACAAAUUAACAGUGACCUUGCCUGUAGUAAUUGUAAUACAAUAGCCAAAGAACUACAUCAAACAGGCAAAGAUCGUUCAUUGUUGUGUAAUGAAUGCCGUAGUUAUCUGAAAAGAUACGGUGAUCAUAGACCAAUUGGUAGUAAUAAAUCAUCAACGACAACAACGACCGAUUCAAUCAAUAAAUCAACAUCUUCCAAUCUACAUACUAAUAAUAAUAAUAAUAAUAAUUGCAACAGUAAUAAUAAAAUGGACGAUGAACAAUUUUCAACGACGGCAAGCCAAUUAAGUAAUGGCAAACCAAAUUUACGUGUUCGACGAAACAAAAGCGAUAAAAAUAGUAAAUUCGAAUUGAAUCGUGGUAAUUCAAAAUCAUCCGAAAACAGUAGCCCUGAACGUAAUAGUGAUGCAAAUCCAUUAGAAAUUGAGACAACUAAUGGUGAUGCUACUUCCGUUACUAUUACCGGCACUGGUAAUGAUAAUGAAAACAAAAAGAUUGAUCCGAUUCUUAACAUCAGCAAUAAAAAACGACAUUAUUCCAGUGUCAACAAUAACAAUGACAAUUUUAAUGGUUGUGAUGGCAAUAACCAACAACAAGAAUCGAAUGAUGAACAGCUGGACAAUGACAUUAAACGGAAAAAAUUAUCAUCAUCAUUGGAUGAUGAUGAUGAUGGCCUUGAUUCGGAUCAAAGUAAACCGGAUGAAUCGGCUAUUAAUCUUAAUGAAGAUGUAAAUAAAAUUAUCGAAAAAAUCAAAGACAGUUCACCGGAAAAUGAUUCACAUGAUAAUGAUGACGACGAUGACGAUGACAAUAAUAGUACCACAGCUAAAAUCGCAAAAAGUGAAUAUCGAGAAAAAGAUAAUGCGGAUGGUACAAGUGUGACUGAUGUUUCCGCCAAACUAGAAUCGAUUGAAUCAAAAAAUGAUCUUGAUACGAAAGAUUCAGAUGAAACCAAAUUCUCCGAUAGAAUUCGUGAAGAUGAUGAUCAAAUAAUGAUCAAAACUACUAAAGAUGAUUCGAAUGAUGAUGGUCAUUUGGAUAGUCAACAAAAAUCUGAAUCAUCGGCAGAGCCAUUAUCGUCUGAUCAUUCGGAUGCUAAACCAAUGAUCAAAGAUGAACCACCAUAUUCACCACCACAAGAUCUAUCUUCAUCAUCAUCACGACAAGAAAAACCAUGUUUGGCCGAGCAACAAAAUCCUUCUGUGCCUUUCUCGACCAUUUCAAUGAUUCGUGGCAGUUCAUCGCCUACAGUAGCAUCAACAAUAUCAUCAAUCAUCAAAAAAGAAGACAAUGUUACCGCUGUCAAUUAUUCGACAACUAACACAGUGAAUUUGUCAUCAACAUCUGCUUCGACUAAAUUGUCCCCACCAUCGUCAUCAUCAAUAUCGCCAUCACCGAAUCAUCAUCCGGCUCACCAUUCACUACAUCCUGGCGGUCCACCCCCGCUCCCACCACCAAUACCGCCCACAUCAUCAUCAUUUAACUUUCAUUCUUCAUUACCCCCAAUGCCGCCGAUACCAUCGGAUCGAUCCCAAUUCCCAUAUCUAGUACCACCAUUGAAUUUCUCGUCACCACAUCAACACGAUCCGAUAUCGAUGAAAUCGAUCAGCGAAAAGGAUUCCGCCAAUGUGGGUCAAUCAAAUGAAUCGUUGAAAGGUUCACGUGAUGAAAAACAACGUGAUGGACAAGAAACGGGUAGUGGUAAAUCCGGCAACAGUAGUAAUAAAAACGAAAGUGGUCGAAGAUUACCCAGUCCCAGAACAUCGGUGCCCAGCUCAACGGCUCCUACUUUUCCUUCGUUAGGUAAUUUUAAUGAAUUACAAAUGGAUGAAAUGUCAAUGUACUUGGCUAACAACAAUUCACUGCACUUUCCAACAGUGCCACCAUUUAUGACAUCACCAAACGAUCCAUUUUUGUUAUCGCAUCCGAAUUUUCCAGGCUUACCUCCCGGCAGUGAUCGUUUGCCUUUUAAUCCGCUCAUGAAUUAUCCUCCUGGAUUUCCACAUGGAUUGCCUGGUCUGCCGUUUAUGCCGCCAUGGCCCCAGUAUGCUGCAGCGACACGUCUGCCACAAGGUGCAUUUCCUUCUUCGUUUUUACCACCUCCGCCUGGUUCGAAUUCUUCCGGUAAUAUUGGUGGUCCAGGUUCUUCGGCUGCUGCUUCCCAUUCACCUCAUUCACAAAUGUCAUCCAAAUCUAAGUCUCCCAUUACAUCGCAAUCAAGUUCGCAUCAUGGUUCAUCAUCACAUUUGCCAUCAAAUAAAUCAUCACAUGACAACAAAGAUGUAUUCGAUCCGAGAAGAGAUUUUUAUCAGCACGAUGAAGAGGAUUUUGAUAGUUCAUACUUGCCUCGUGGACCUAGUCCAGAACCGAAAAUUGAAGAUAGUGAAUGUCAUCGUAGUCAUUCGGCCAUAUUUUUGAGACAUUGGAAUCGCGGUGAAUACAAUUCUUGUGCACGAACAGAUUUAACAUUCAAACCUGCACCGGAAUCACAUUUAUCUCGUAGACGAGAAGAACGGGCACGUAAAGCUGCCGAAAAAGAACGUGAAGAACAUAAGAAAUCUGCGGAAAAAUCUGCUGCUGAAAUGAAAUCCAAUCAUGGAUCAAAUCAACCUGGUAUGGUCGGUGAUAAUUCACAUCUCGGUUCGAUGGGUGGUCGUCGUACGCCAAGAAAUUUCGACACACCUGCACUUCGCCAAUUAGGCGAAUAUGCUCGACCACACACAGCGUAUUCACCUUUUUCUCAUCCUUCGCUUGGCCAUCCAAUGAAUCCGAUGAAUCCGAAUUUACCUCUUAGCUUACAUUCCUCUGCUGGUGGACCAUCUGGCCAAAUUGAUCAAAUGGCAUUAGCACAAUUAAUGCUAAAAGAACGCAUGGAAGCAGAGGAGAAACAAAAAAUGAUGGAAAAACAAAAAGAAAUGGAACAAAUGAAAUCACGUUCACAAUCACAAACACCACAACAUAAUCAACAGCCGCAGCAACCACCACCAUCGAUGCCUUCGACAUCGUCAGGAUCGUUGUUUGAUCCACAUUUAUUAGACAUGCAAAGGCGAUUGGCACAAUCGACAGCACCAAGUAUGCCAAAUUCUACUAUGGCCAAUCACUCGAAUACGUCAUCGGCAAAUGCUGCCAUGUCGUUGGCCGGUGCGAAUCCAGGAUUAAAUCCGUUCAUGUUGUUUUCACCGAAUGAUCGUGAAAUUCAACAAAUGGCUGCAGCUGCUGACGCGGCUCGAUUCCAAGCCAAUGCCGAUCGUCUUGGUAGUCUAAGUGCUGAUCAUAUCUUCCGGUUACAAAUGGGUCUAGCCAAUCCUGAUUCAUUACAUCCUGGCGCUUCUGGGCCUGGAAAUAGUGGUCCUGGCUCUUCCUUUCAACAUCCAUCAUUGCAUCCAUCGUCUGCCAGUGCUCAGAAUGCAGCGGCAGCAGCAGCAGCCGAACAAGCCGCUGCUGCACAAGCUGCUUUAGCUAAUGCGGCUGCAAUCGGCAUGCCAGGAUCACAAUUUGAUCCGGCAAGUUUGCAUGCUGCUGCGGCUGCUGCAGCUGCUGCAGGUCAUAAUUUAUUACAAUCAGGCGCAUAUCCAUCACGUCCGGGAUCAAUUAUGCCGAGACCAUCCGAAUUGUCACAACAAUCAUCUUUAUAUAGAUCAUUUGAGGAUCAACUAAAUCAUCAGUUUUCGGCUCAAGCUUUAUCAGCUCAAUCACAAGCAUUACAACAUGAACAAUUUCAACGACAAAUGCUAAUGGAACGUGAACGUUUAAUAGUACAUCAGCAUCAAAUUCUUCACGAAGAAUUUUUAAGACGAGAAGCAGCCAGUCGAAGGCCAAUGUAAAUAAUACAACGAAUUGAAUGUAAAAGGAAAAUGAAAAAAAAAUUUGCCAAGUAGAACUUGAAAAGCUUUUUUUUUUCUUUUCCAAAUUCUCAACAAUCUCCAUUAUCAUUAUCAUUAUCAUCAUCAUCAUCAUUAACAUAACAAUAUCUGACCGAACUCGGAUGGAAAUUAUUAUUGUUCAUUUUUUUUCUAUCUUUCUCACUUUUUCAUUCACUCAUUUUAUGCACUACAGAAUAUAACGAUUUAUUUAUUAUCAAUUUGAAAAACAAAUUUCGGUGAUUUUCCAGACAAAAUUGAGAAGAUAAAAAAUCAUUUUUUUUGGCGAUAUAUAAAGAGAAAA